GGCCUUAUAUACAAACACUCUCACUUGUUUUCUGAACAAGAGAACAACAAACAAAGUAAGAAAGAAAAUCCCCAAAUUGAAUUCACCGCCUAAAUUCAAAACCCUGAUUUCGAAAGAGGAAACAGUUUUUAGAGAGAGAGAGAGAGAGCGUGGAUAAUCCCUAAUAUUGUUUACAAUGUCGACGCUAAAAAGUCACCGGAAAAGUUUGGGUUCGUCGGCAGCGUCGAAACGUCAAGCGACGAAGAUUCCGGCGUCGGAAAAUGUAAUCUCAAACUCAAAACCCAACCCUAACAACAGGAAGCGACCUCCUCUCUCCAACUUGACCAAUCAGAGUCGUCCCUCUGUUUCUUCUGCUGCCACCAUUCCUCAUCUCGUACCAUGUGCUACUUCAAAAAAUAUAAAGGCUAAAAAAGGAUAUGCAACAAGCUUCAACAGUACAAAUUUUCCGGGGAGUAACUUGCCGGCUUUGCUUACGAAAAAACCCAAUGUCGCGGCUUCAUCAAAGACAUCUUUACCUAGAAAUGAUGUUGUGGAGGUUUACAGGGCUACUUCGCCGAAAUUAUCUCGUGUGGGUGUUCCAUCAGCUUCAAGUAGGAUGGAUAUCUCUCCAAGUCGAUCGGAUGCAGAUUCUGUUUCUAUGGAAGAUUCAAUGUCUACAUGUGAUUCAGUUAAAAGCCCAGAAUUUGAGUAUUUGGAUGAGAGUGAAUCAGCCUUGCUAGGCUCCAUUCAAAGAAAAACAUCUGAAAACCUUCACAUUGAUGACAAAUUGGAAAUUGCAGGGAAUUACUGUAAGAGAGAAAUACUUUCAGAAAUGGAUGUUGACAAAGUUGUUGAUGUUGAUGACAAGUACAUGGAUCCUCAGUUUUGUGCAACCAUAGCUUGUGAUAUAUACAAGCAUUUGCGUGCAUCCGAGACAUUGAAAAGACCUGCAACAGACUUCAUAGAGAAGAUUCAGAAAGACAUAAAUGCCAGUAUGCGUGCCAUACUCAUUGACUGGCUUGUAGAGGUUGCUGAAGAAUACAGGCUUGUCCCCGACACCCUAUAUUUGACUGUUAACUACAUAGAUAGAUAUCUUUCUGGCAAUACUAUUAACCGGCAACGCUUGCAGUUGCUGGGUGUGGCAUGCAUGAUGAUUGCAUCAAAAUAUGAGGAGAUAUGUGCACCCCAGGUGGAGGAAUUCUGUUACAUUACUGACAACACAUAUCUUAAGGAGGAGGUUUUGGAAAUGGAGGCUACGGUGCUGAACUUUCUGAAGUUUGAAAUGACUGCCCCGACCACAAAAUGUUUCUUAAGGCGAUUCAUCCGUUCUGCUCAAGUGAUGAGUGAGGCCCCAUCAAUGCAGUUAGAGUGCUUGUCAAACUAUGUAGCUGAAUUAUCCCUCUUGGAUUACAACAUGCUUCAGUAUGCCCCAUCACUGACUGCUGCUUCAUCAGUAUUUUUGGCCAAGUACAUACUCAGUCCAUCUAAGAGACCUUGGAACUCCACUUUGCUACAUUACACACUUUACAAACCUUCUGAUUUACUCGAAUGCGUGAAAGCUCUACAUCAGCUUUGCUUGAGCAGCCACAGCUCUAGUUUGUCAGCAAUCAGAGAGAAGUACAGCCAGCAUAAGUACAAAUUUGUGGCGAAGAAGAACUGCCCUCCCUCAAUACCCUCAGAGUACUUCAGCAGUUAAGGAUUUCACUGGGCUGGUUAGCAUGAGCAGAAAUUAAUUGCUCCAUUGCUUGUAUGUAUGUAGGCUACUGGUUCUGGCUCUGGGAGAUUCUUCUUUCAUUUCUCAAUAUCCAUGGCCAUGUUGAUGCAUUGCAGCAGCUAUUCUGCACUUUGCAGGCUGGCUUCUUGCCAGCCUCUGUCAUGUUUUCUCCCUUACAACAAUCAUGUAUAAAAUCUCUUUUUUGAGCAA